UUUAAAAAACAGAGGGAGUAUAUAAUACGCCAUCAUCUUCAAGAGAGUUUGAAAACUCAGUACAGAACCAUGGAAAAUCCAUUGGACCUUUGAAACGCUUUACAGCGACGUUAUGACCACCAGAAAACGGUGAUGCUCCCAAGGGCUCAAUAUGACUGGAAACACUUGAGAUUUCAAGAUUAUAAAACAGUAGACGAGUACACCUCUGUCCUGUUUAAAAUUGUUUCCAUGAUGGAGUUAUGUGGUGAGAAAGUUACCGAGCUCGAGAUGCUCAACAAGACUUUCUCUACGAUGCAUUCCAGUAAUAUGGUAUUGCAACAGCAAUACAGAGAAAGGAAGUUCACCACAUACACUGAGUUGAUCGAGUGUCUCUUGUUGGCUGAAGCCAAUAAUGAACUGUUAAUGAAAAACAGCGAGAUGAGGCCUCCGGGAACGGCUCCAUUACCCGACAUCUCUAAACUUGCUAUAGAGCAAAAGAAAGAGAGUAACCUUGUCCAACAUAAUAACCAACCCGGCUCUUUCCGUGGUAGAGGUAGAGGACGAGGUGGCAUGUUUAAAGCACACGGGCGAGGACGUGGUCACGGGAUCACACCAGGCUUCAGCCGUGGUCGUGGUCGUGGCCGUAGUGUCGUUUAAACCUCAGAUCAAGACUGAUCUGUGCCAUCGUUGCGGUAUGGGAAACCAUUGGGCAAAGAACUGCAGUACUCCUAAGCACCUAUGUGAACUGUACAUGAAAAAGUCUAACAGAGAAACCGGAAGCUCACAUGGUUCGAGACUCAGGAUAUGAAGGAGAUGAUGACGAAGAGGACACAUAAUAUGUCCAGAACAAAGAGGAAGGAUCCAACCAAGAUACCGAGAUGGAGUUUCAAACUUCAGAAAUUCUGAAAUAAGGAAUUAAAAUUCCAUAGUUUUGUUUUUUUCCCCCGGAUUUGGUGUUUUUUUCUGUUUUUUUUCUGUUUGGUUUUGGUGUUAAACAUUAUAUUAUGCA